UUCUCUUCUGUGUUUUGUAGGAUAUCGUGGGUCAAAAGCUGCCGUACAGAUCUAAGAGAUCCCUGCUGGUUCCUAAUAUAUCUAUAAGUGAGAAUGAGCGAGGUCCCUUUCCCAAGUUCAUUGGCCAGACUCAUCUGAUUUCAACGGGGGAGCCAAGGGAACAAAUAUUCCGAAUGACAGGCCCCGGUGCUGACCAGGAUCCCAAAGGUCUCUUCACCAUUGACAUGAAUUCAGGAGCCGUGUCAGUCAGCCGCUCAGUGGACCGUGAGGCCACAGACUCCUACCAGCUGGAGGUAUCGACCACAGACUACAGUGGAAACCUUAUCGAGGGACCACAAGUAUUCAGGAUUAAUGUCAUUGACCAAAAUGACAACCGUCCCAUCUUCAAAGAACCACGGUACACAGGAGAGGUGCUGGAGGGAUCCCCUACAGGAACCACAGUGAUGACAAUGACGGCGUUUGACGCGGACGACCCGAACACAGACAACGCCGUUCUGCGCUACAACAUCGUCAAACAGUCUCCAGACAAACCUUCACCGAACAUGUUCUACAUUGAUGCAGAAAGAGGAGACAUCGUCACAGUUAUAGCUCCCACGUUACUUGACAGAGAGACCCUGCCAACCACAACAUACGAGUUAGAGAUCAUGGCCAAGGACAUGGCAGGAAGUGAGGUGGGCCUAACAGGAACAACCACUGCCACCAUUACCAUAACAGAUAAGAACGACCAUGCCCCAGAGUUCACACAUCCGCUGUUUGAAGCUCACGUGUAUGAGGGCUCAACGGGCGUUGUGGUCAACCUGACGGUAGAUGACAGAGACGAUCCGGCCACAGCAGCGUGGAGAGCCAUGUACUCUAUAAUCAGUGGAGACCCGACGCAGAGCUUUGAGGUUCAGACCAACCCGGACAACAAUGAGGGGAUGCUGUCGGUUGUCAAGCCACUGAACUAUGAGGCGUCUGAAUUCCUCAGCCUGCUCAUCAAAGUGGAGAACGAGGAUCCUCUGGUUCCCGAUGUUGGAUAUGGCCCGAGCUCCACAGCCACCGUCCACGUCAGAGUCGAGGACAUCAACGAGGGCCCUGUGUUCUUCCCAGACCCCCUGAUAGUCACCAGGAUGGAAAACAUCCCUGUGGGAAGCUUUGUGGCAUCACUUAAUGCUACAGAUCCGGAUAUAUUAGAGAAACAGAGUAUUAGGUAUGCUGUUCUGCAGGACCCUGCGGGCUGGCUGAGUGUGAACCCAGUCAGAGGAACUGUCAACACCUCAGCCUCGCUGGAUCGCGAGUCUCCUUAUGUCUACGACAACAAAUACACAGCCGUCUUCAUCGCCACCGAUAACGGCACUCCUCCAGCCACAGGUACCGGCACUUUGAUCAUUCACCUGGAAGACUACAAUGAUAACGCGCCGUACGUCUUACCAUCGGUAGCGCGAGUGUGCGAGGACACCUACGAUGUGACUGUUGCUGUAGUUGGGGGCUGGGACAAGGACCUCCCACCCAAUGCUGCACCCUUUAAAAUAGAACUGGGAACACAGCCUGACCUGGACAAAACAUGGAAUGUUACCCGGGUUAACUCGACGCACUCACAAAUCAGGCUUCUGCGCAGUCUGAAGAAAGACAACUACCAACUCCCGCUGCUCAUCACGGACUCAGGGGUACCCCCUUUGUCCAAUAAUACAGAGGUCAAGGUUCAGGUUUGCAUCUGUAAUAAGAACCGGAUGCACUGCAGCUCGGCCCACUCCCAUCGUGCCAGCUUUCUUGUGCCGCUCGCAACACUCCUGCUCACCUUACUCUCACGUUUGUAAUGGAGGACAUCCAACAGCUAGUUUGGCCUGUAGAUCCUGCUGAAACCUCCUGUAGUCAUUUUUUGCAACACCGAAAAGCAACGACUUAUCUCCCCCACGCAACCCGGGCUUAGGAGAGAAGAAAAAGAAGACAAAUAAGAGGAAGAAGAAGGAACGAGAAGAGGUCUUAUAAACCACGACAAAUCAAACAAGAAAAUACUGGAAAUCCCCAUCGGCCCAGCGCUGUACAACACCACUGUGGUUUUUUUGGUUUGCUGGCUUUUUUAACUCACUUCUCCUUCUCCUUCUCCUCAUAUGUGCUUUUCUCGUUGCAUCUGUCCUUUCCUGUAUCAGUCUUCUCUCUUCUCCUCGAUCAUCUCCCUCCUGUACUUCAUCCACUAUUGAUUAUUCCAUUUCUUUCUACAGUUUCCAUUGUAUUCCAUUUUGGCACCUCUCUCCCGCUCUGGCAGCCAAACACUGCGUGUUGGGAGCAUUUGUGGCAACAUGCCACAUCCGUAGGAGAUACUUGAAACAACAUGUAUAUUGAUAUGGUAACAAAAACAAAAGAUAAACAAAUCCAAUUCAUGUUGAACCACACCUUAAACCUCUGCUCAUUUGAAAUCUGGUAAGCUUUUGUUUUCACCCCGAUCAUUGCUCUCUCUGUUUUCUUUUCCCUUGUUUUUCCUCACCCACCCACGAAUAGAAAAAUCGCUCCGAUAUCUAUCAGCGACUCCUCUCCUGCCUCCUCGUCUAUCUAUUGACCUCUCUCUGUCUCUCACUGGACCAGGAGACAUUGCAAAAGCUGAGCUACUGUCCUGGUCGGGGAAGAGCAUUGACUUUUUGAUGUGUUUCUUUCUUUUCUGGUCACAGACUGUGUUUGAUCUUGUUUCACUCUUUAAGCAGACAGAACAAAGCCUGUUUCCUUUGUCUGCAGUGGUUGUUGUCUUUUAGGACGAGGUGGUAGCCAUAAGCCUUCAAAGUCAGAAACUCUCUGGAGUCGUUUCUUCGAUUUGCUUCUGUUUUUAUUGCAUUAGUUGUCAUGGAGUGGAAAACAGUCUAUCUUUAUAGUAACGGUGUAAACCUUAAAAACAAAAAAGUACUAUUAUAAAUAUUUUAUUUUUUACCAUUGUAUAAAUAUAUACUAUUGAUUAACUUAUGUACUUUGAUUGCAAGUUCUUUGGUCGCCCACACGGUGGUUAAAUAAAAAAAAGAGGAAACAUUUUCUGUGAUUUUAGGCACUAUUUCUAAUGCUAUGGAUGUGUUGACUAUUUUAUUGUAACAUCUUUUUUUCAUUUCUUUCCUUUUUUUGUUCCUUAUUUUAAAAUCUGUGAUUAAUUGCAGAAUCAGGAGUCGUGUUUAUAAGACUGCAUUUGUGUUUAGGUUCGAUUCUGUCUCCAGUCAGUUCUGUCCUCUGCUGUUCGCCCUCUGUCUCUCAUUACAAGACACAAGAAGACGUGUACGAAAACAAAGGCUGUGGUUUCGCUGGAUAGUUCUGCUUUUUUCUCUUGCGCUCAUCUAAAGAACUUAGCGUGUGUGGGUCCGUUUGGAAGACCACCGUAAAGAAAAAGAUGACAUUUUGAAUGAGUUAUGUCUGUCUUUUGCACUAAUUUAAUAAAGCCGUUACUGAAAUUCCCACAAUGUUAUUUUCGAAAUUGUGUUUUUCCUGAAAAUCUUUUUUUACUCCUUUGGAGAACACGCUGUUAGCUCGUUCAACAAAAAAUGAAAGUUAGCCUGUUUUUAUUUUAGGGUCAGAAUUACUAAUUAGGGCAAAUUAACUUAGUGUGUGCUCAUUUAUGAACCUGGAUGGACACCACUUCAUCUUAAAAAUAACUAAUUUUAAAAAGACCUGAUAAUCUUCUUGCAAAAGCAAAAGAGUGUAAGUGCAGAUUUAUACAGAGAAGAUCUUCAUUAUUAAAAAAUAAGUCCAUCGUAUGAAAUCUGUGUACUAUGGUUGACCUGUAGGAUAUGUGGAAGAGCUCAUUUACUUUUCCAGUCUUAGUGAAAUUCCUGGUAAUGUGCUGCGUGUACCGCUCUCAUUUUCCUUUGCUUUUUGGGGGGUUUUGGGGUCAAAGGAAAGAAUCAGGGCAACAACUCAACAGAUUUUUCUAAAUAAAAAUUAAAUAGUGACACCUGAAUUGGAUAUUCUAAGAUCGGGCAUUAAUUUAUGCUUCAAAUGUACUGGCGUUUGAUGCCACAGAGAAGUAAUACAGUGCAAACAGCUUAGUCACUGCAAAAAGUGAUUUUGCUGCCUGUAGUGUCAGCUGUGUAUUAAACUACUGUUCUCUCCAUUCCACCUAUGAUCCCUGUUACAUUCUGCACUCUUACAGUAAAAUAGCAAAUGGGCAGUGAAUACCUGUGACUGUAAAUGGGAAGAUUGCAGGCUCAACUUGUGGUUGGCUUGGGAACAUAAUGCAGCGAGCAGCAGUAUGGCUCAAUGCCAAGAAAGAGCACCUCAGAUUGAAUGUUGAAAGUGUUGAUGGAAAAGUAUAGACAAGCUCAUAUGGUAGCAGUAGUCAGGAGUAGUAUAGCAGUAUGUGAGGGUGGUGCAGGACAUGUAUGAGGACAGCCGGGCAGUGGUGAGGCGUGCAGGACGAGUGACAGAAUGGUUCAAGGUGGAGAUUAUCAGGAAUCAGUUCUGUUUGCAGAACUUUUGUUUGCGCUCGUGAUGGAUAGGUUGGCAGAUGAGGUCAGGCAGGAGUCUCUGUGGACGAGCACAUUUGCUGACGACAUUUUCAUUUGUAGUGGGAGUAGGGAAGUGGUGCAGAGGUGGAGGUAUGCUCUGGAGAAAAGAGGAUUGAAGGUAGAGGCAAGAAGGAGAUGGGUGUGGUGAAGGUGGAUGAGCUGAAAUUCCUGGGGUCAACCAUCCCAAGCAACGGACAAUGCACAGGAGAAGAAGAGCGUGUAGGCAGGGGUGGAACAGGUGGAGGUGAGCCGGGUGAUUUGUGACUGGAAGACAGGAGCAAGAGUGGAAGGGAAGCUUUAUAAGACUAGUGAGACCUCCUAUCAUGUGUGGUUCAGAGACAGCAGCAAAAAGACAGGAGGCAGUGCUAAAGGUGGUAAAGCUGAAGAUGAGUUUUAAUGGGAGCGACUAGGAUGAACAGGAUUAGGAAAUGAUUAAUUCUGAGAGACAGCUCAGGUUGUGCGGUUUGGAGAUAAAGCUGGAGAGGCAAGGAGGUUGAGAUGGUUUGAUGGAGCUGGCAGGCAAAAGGAAAAGAGGAAGACCAGAGAGAAGGUUUACAGAGUGACAGAAGAGGAUGCUACGGGUAGGGUGAGAUGGAGGCAGAUGAUCCAUAGUGGCAACACUCAAAAGGACUCAGUGCAGAGGAAAGAACCAAAGCUUUGGUAGGAACCCUUAAUGUCACUGUCAGACAGUUUGGAACGUACGUAUGUUUUUGCUUCUGUUUCAUAAGCUGAACAACAAAGAAAAAUGGUUAGAAUGUGUCUAAUUGAGCGUUUGUAACUGUGACGACUAACAUCGGUGCUUCAUACAGACAACAGUGGUUGAUAAAUAAACUGUUAUUAAAAGUCAUCACCAGUUUACAGCAUGCUGAAUAUUGGCUAUGAAACACUGUAUAUGAUAUAGGACAGUUUAGCAUCUGAAGCCUGUAAAUCUCUAUCUUGAAGACUCUUACCCUAUACAUAUAUAAAAUAUGUAUAGGGUAAGAGAAUAAGCAAAUAGAGGGACUCACAGAAGCAGACACAGCAAGAAAGUCUAUGCUCCUCCUCUAUUGCUCUUUAUCCAUUUUUUGACAGGUUGUGAACACUAAGCCAACAAAGUGACUUUUAUCCAGAGAGGUUAAAAGGGUACGUUUCCUCUGAUGUAUGCUGACACCAGCUGGAGCGAUGGUGAGGAGAUAACGAUGGCCAUUUUAUCUCUUUAUCGUCACUUGGAUGUUAAAUCCUUAAAUCAAAACACAAAGUUUUAUUCAUUCGCACUUGUAGAUUUUUACACUCUUUGAGUUUUCAGCGACAAAGAGACACGACACAGUGUGUAAUGUCUUCACUGAUGUAUGCGUCCUAAACGCGUAGCUGUCAGCUCUCCUUAUUUUAACAAACGGUGAGGCCUAACAACCCUGACGUCUCGCUUUAUUAGUCACGAGUCACUUUGUCACUCUGAUUAUUUUAUAUAUUUUUAGAAAAUCUGCUUUUACAAUGAAAUCUCUGAUCCCUCACUGUGACAUAUACAUGUGAACAUUUCGCAGGCAACCUGUCUGUGUUGAUCAGCGAUUAUUCUUAUAAAGAGAAACUAUUAUUUGAGCUAAACUGCCUUCUAUUGAGCCUUUUCAGACUCAAAGACUUGACUUUAGGAAGAGAUGGGAACUUGCAAAAGCAUCGACUUAGCCAGCAUGCUUUUAAAAUGUACGUUCACGUAUAGUUUAAUGUUGUAAAUUACAGGUUAAGUCUUGCACAUACAGAGACUGUAAUAGUUUCCAUUCUGGCAAAAUUGAACCAUUAGAAGUAAUUACUGGAUGACUUUACUGUAGAAAAAAUCUUAAUGUGUUGUUCAUGUGUUAUAUAAAUUUUUUUCAGGUUUUUUGCGUUGGAUAUACUCUUAAUGAUAUCUAAGCAAAAUGGUUCAGGUGGUAAAGAAAAUGUAACUUACAUAUGUUUCACUGUCUGUGCUCUAAACUGACAGGACUCGGAGCAGCUGUGUGCAGCUGUCACUGCAGCUCUACUUUACUGCUAAGCAAGUCAAAAUAACAGACCACACUACAAAAACUCAUUUCCUGUUGUUAUCUUGUCCUAACACUUUAUAGCAAACAGCCUACUCACAACUUUACUGUCACACAUUUUAAUAACAGUCUUGAAGCUGCGCAUACGCCGGUGCGUAUCUGCACAUUAUCACAAAAUGCUGCUUGUGUUGAGAAGUUGAGAAAAUGAUGGGCGAGGCGUUCAUUUAACAAAACAAAACAUUGCAGCUACUUACUUAUAGCCUUAAUUUACAGCCAUAUGCAGAAUACUGCGUGUGAUGCAUUGGCACAUAUGCUCCAUAUGCUCAUUAGCUGGAGGUUGACGGAUUCGUGUGCCAUGUUUUAUUUUUGUGUUUCAUGUCGCACACUCGUGCGGUGAAAAGCAGGUGUUUUUUCUGAGACACGUGAUUUGACAAUGAGGGACGAGGUGAAGGACAAACAGGAAGUUGAAUAUUUGAAAAACAAACUAUGGCUG